CAGCUCGGGGUUCUCCAAGAGAAGAUCACCUGUAACACGGCUGAGAGUGAGAGUGCGCAUCAUGGAUGUUCUUUUGCCCUCCAUGCUAGGGGAUGAUCCACACCUAAUGGCUGAGCCAGAGAUCCAGAUCUUCGAGCAGCCCAAGCAGAGGGGGAUGCGCUUCAGGUACAAGUGUGAGGGUCGCUCGGCCGGAAGCAUCCCCGGCGAGAACAGCUCCGACAACAACAGGACCUACCCCAGUCUGCAGAUCUUGAAUUACUGUGGCAAAGGGAAAGUGCGUGUGUACUUGGUGACCAAGAACGAGCCGUACCGACCGCAUCCACAUGACCUGGUGGGGAAGGACUGCAAAGACGGAUUCUACGAGGCCGAGUUUGGUCCAGACCGCAGAGUGAUCGCUUUCCAGAAUCUGGGUAUUCAGUGUGUGAGAAGGAGGGAAGUGAAAGAUGCGAUCGUACAGAGGAUGACCAGAGGGAUCAACCCCUUCAAUGUGCCACGCGAGCAGCUGCUGCAGACAGAGGAGUACGACUUGAAUGUGGUUCGCCUGUGCAUCCAGGUUUUCCUGCAGGACGAGAACGGCCACUGCACCCGACCGCUCAACCCCAUCGUCACCAACCCCAUCUAUGACAACAGGGCUCCAAACACAGCCGAGCUGAGGAUCUGUCGGGUCAACAGGAACAGUGGCAGUGUUAAGGGAGGGGAUGAAAUCUUCUUGCUGUGUGACAAAGUACAGAAAGAUGACAUUGAGGUGAGAUUCUUCGCCUCCGAUGGCUGGGAGGCCAAAGGCUCCUUCUCCCAGGCCGAUGUUCAUCGCCAAGUAGCCAUCGUCUUCAAGACUCCACCCUACUACAACACAUCCAUAAUAGAGUCGGUCAAUGUGCACAUGCAGUUGCGCCGACCUUCUGAUCAGGAAGUCAGUGAACCGAUGGAUUUCCGAUAUCUGCCCGAUGACAAAGAUCCUUACGGCUACAACGAGAAGAAGCGCAGAAGAGAGAACUUGAUGAGGAUAUCAGGAUUGUCAAGUGGUCCUUUUGCUUGCCUGGGUAUGAACAGGCCAAAGGCAAUGUCACAGAGUACAAUGAGCCACAUGCGGAAAGACCUAGGCAACAUGUAUUUGAGGCAACAGCCCACACCUACGAUGCAGCAACAGCCGACCGUGUUCAACCAGCCCUACCAACCAGGCCCCCAGAAUGUAAUGAUGACAUCCCAGGCUCCUAAUGUACCAGUCAGCCAUUCAUGGGUAAAUCCCAACCCAGCACUCUCAAUGGAAACAGUCACCGUAAAUCCGUCUGGUGCCAUGGGCAAUCUGCCACGUCCCAGCAGCAGCAAGCAGCAGCAGCCAAACCGUGGACCUGGGUACUCCCACCGAGUGGAGCACAACAACUUUGAGAAUAACACCCUCCCUCAGCUGUCCAUGGGGGACUUGCAGUGCUUGGAUACAGUCACCCAGGCCCCUGGAAUGGCUCAGUCUGAAUCACAGCCGCUCUUCCACCUGCAGCACCAAAGGGACGAGCUCGCCUCUGAGACCCGGGCCCAGAAUCAUCUAGGCAACCAGAACCAGGGUCUCCAGACUGUGUGGCCCAAUUUCAACACCCACAAUCCAAUCCAGCAUACCUUCAACGGGUCAGUAUCUCGAGAUGGAGGGGGGUCACAGGGGCUGGGCUCCUUCCCCUUCCUAGAGGGAGUGGAAGGGGAAGAUUUUCUGAAGGGCCUGGUAGGUGGAGGGUCUCAGUCUGGCUUCCAGCUGAAGCAGGAGCCCCCGAUCACAGUGGAACAAGAGACCCAUGCUUCACUCAUGCAACCCCAAAGGGAAAGCCAAGGAAAUACUUACACCAACUUGCUUCCUCGUCGUAUGAGCAAUGGCACCAACAUGCACCCAAUGAGGCAAGACGGUGGCAACACCCAGCAUCUUAAAAAUCCGCAAAAUCCUUACUCAAACAACAGCAUGGCCUUCGAUGGCCACUAUGCAACUUUGGAUGACUGGCUCAAAUCAACUCGGCAAAGCGACUAGAAGGAUUCACAUUUUUGAUGUCAAGUAAUAAACAGAAGCAGCUUCAAGGAGCAUAUUGAUCUUGUCUCGCCUUGCAAAGCCACAAAAUGUUUGUCACCCAUUCUGGCCCGGGAAGCCUCAGUGGGCAUUUGCUUGGGUUAUUACAUCAGUGGGCAUAAGAGCAAAAUUUUAGGCAGCCAAUUGGAUCUGUAACCAAACACAGGCAUUGCAGCUGAUUAUGGACUAGCUCCUUCUUUAGCAAAGACUGACUCCUACGCCGAAACCAUGACACAUUUAAAUAAAGGAUGCCUUGUUCAAAGCCCCAGUUUACAAUUGGUUUAUGAUGCAAUUCUGUACAGGCUUUGCCCCAACCAUUAAUCUGAGGGGCCAAGUUGCAUCGUCACUCUAAUCACUCUCCCCAGUUGACUGAUAGGUUUGGCUUCCAGCUGCUGUUGCUGUGCAUCUCAGAUGAGUCGAUAAAACUGAGCUCACAUAGGCUGAGACCUGUACGUGGAUGAACCAGGCUUUAGGUUGUACAGAUGGACUCAUCAAACGACAGGCUUCCAAGCCAAAGUUAGAUUUCUGAAGAACUGAAUGUAGUACUUUCUUUCUUUCUCAGGUGAAGUUGGAUUCACUGUCAACAUACUGUUUGUAAUCAAUGUUUUGCUGGGGUUUGUUUGAUUUUGAAAAACACAGGGGUAAAUGGAUGGUAGGAUUUUUGAAAGUGCAGCAGCAAAAAUGACUCAUUAUAGCAGGUUUACUUUUAUCGCUUUGGAAAAGAUUCUUACAUAUUACACUGUUUUCCUGAUAUUUUAGCAGAGUAUUUGCUUUUAAGUGCACCCUGUACAUACAUGUUAGCCAUAGUUGAGAGUGAAAGCAAUAAGCAUGCUGAAACACUCAAGAACUGGCAAGGUACAGAAAUUUCCAUUGAGGAAGUUGGAGGAGACACAUUCAGUGUUGUCUUUCCAUUGUAAUGACUAUGUCAUACCAGUGAUCACGUGUUAUUCAGAGUUCUCAGAGCAUUUCUACCAGAUGUUUUAUAGAUACAGAUGUUAAUGUUGUGUUUUAUUGUUUCAUUCAUCCAGCUGAGGCUCGUUCCAAUAGCUUCACAGAGCGUCUUGCUCGAGGACACAUGGCUGAUAAUGAACAAACACUGGCUCUUGUGCGGGUUUCAAAUGCGGUACCUGGCAGCAGCCUGCAGGGCUGUCACCUUUAGCUUAGCUCAUCCUAGCAUGUUGUUUUUUUUACUUGUAUGACUCCCAGAAGCUUUUUGGUUUUAAAUGAAAUGUAAUAUUUUGAUGACUACUUUGUAAAAUUUGCUGUUUUUGGAUUUUUCUGCAGGAUCAGUUCAUAAUAAACAUUGUAUGUCUUA